AAAGAAAAAAAAACGCUUUAAAUACCCUUCAAAAUCACCCAAAAGAUCUCACACUACAAUUUGCCUUAGUUUGUUGUUCCUCAAGAAAAUGAAGUUCCUUCAUCUUCUUACUUGGCUUCUCCUUCUCACCUCCUUCCUGGAGCUCUCAUUGGGUGCCCCAGGUUUCUGCGGUUGGAAAUGUAGAAGGAGAUGUUCCAAAGCUGGGGUGCGAGAUAGGUGCAUGAAGUACUGUGGGAUAUGCUGUGAGAAAUGUGGGUGUGUGCCGUCCGGGACUUAUGGGAAUAAACACGAAUGCCCUUGCUAUGGGAACUUGAAGAACUCCAAGGGCAACUCCAAAUGUCCUUAAUUACAUUAAACCCUAAACCAGCCUUUACUUUAUUGCCUUUUCCCAACCUAUGUUUCCUUCUGUACGAACCCUUCUUACUUUGACUAAAUGAAAUAUAUAUUUACUUCUCUCCAACUA